CUCAUCCCACAAGGCGGAAGCAAAGGCCGUAGCCUGUGAUGAGGAAUCACCGACAGCCGAGAAAGUGAAACAGCGAAAAAAUCUUUCAAUAGUGGCAAUCCGGGGGUUUGCACACAUACGAACGGCCGGAACUUUUCACUUAUUUACUGCGUAUUACGGUUCCUUGGAGGAGUGCGCUGUCCCAGCUGGCCCAACCCUGCCCCGCCACAUCCAGCCAAGCACGUCCCGGCCUCAGUUUCGUCCCCAUCCCUGCGCAUCCCAGUGCGCCACACUUCCAGCCCUCUCUCCCAGCGUAGCCUCUGCUCAGCUCCAUGGCGGGUCGGGGAGGACCGGCGCGAUCCAACGGGCCGGCCGCAGGCAACAAGAUCUGCCAGUUCAAACUGGUCCUGCUGGGGGAGUCGGCGGUGGGCAAGUCCAGCCUGGUGCUGCGCUUCGUCAAGGGCCAGUUUCACGAGUACCAAGAGAGCACCAUUGGAGCUGCCUUCCUCACACAGACAGUCUGUUUGGAUGACACAACAGUAAAGUUUGAGAUCUGGGACACAGCUGGCCAGGAGCGAUAUCACAGCCUGGCGCCUAUGUACUACAGAGGGGCCCAAGCGGCAAUCGUGGUCUACGACAUCACUAACACAGAUACUUUCACACGUGCAAAGAACUGGGUGAAGGAGCUCCAGCGACAAGCAAGCCCCAACAUUGUGAUCGCCCUGGCAGGGAAUAAAGCUGACCUAGCCAACAAGAGAGCAGUCGACUUUCAGGAAGCACAAGCAUACGCAGAUGACAACAGUUUGCUUUUUAUGGAAACUUCGGCUAAGACUGCCAUGAACGUCAAUGAAAUCUUUAUGGCCAUAGCCAAGAAGCUGCCGAAGAACGAGCCACAGAGUGGGGCGGGAGCCGGGGGCCGGGCCAGGGGAGGUGUGGAUCUGCAGGACACCACCCCCCAGAGCCGGAGUGGCCAGUGCUGCAGCGGCGGAAACUAACGCACCGAGCCAGCCAACAACAGACCGACCGACAACCGACACCACCAAGACAAAACCAACCCCGAAGGAUUGAAAAGACCACAAUAUCCAUUCUUACCAAUCGCACUUAACAGAGCCAACUGCUCGCUCUUUUUUUUCCUGUUCUGUUUUGAGCAAUUUUUAAAAUCAUAAGCUGGAGGGAUUUCUGCAAGCUUCCCUCCCAAUCUCACAAACUCGCUCUCUUCUCCUGUUUGGUUCUACACAAAAUACUAAUUCCAGUAUGUCUUAAGUCACUUUCUAAAGGAAAAGUUGUAUCAUACCUCCCGCUCUUGCCGGCUUUCCUCAGGUGAUGGGUGCAUGUAGCAACUGUAAUUUUAUUUUCUCUCCUGAUCAUCUCUGUGCCCCAUCCACCCCUUUUAUCCCUUUGGAAGAUGCAGGGAGAGGAAAGGAGGAGGUCUAUUCCUUCCAGAUUCAGCUAUCUUCUAGAUUAAUAUUAUUGUUGUUAUUAUUACUACUGCUGUUCAGGCACAAGCAAAGUAGGAUGUGAUUUGAUAGGGUAAACAUUCAGUGGUUGAAAUCACGUAAUGUACUGGAAAUUCAACUGUAUGCCUAGUGCAUUUACAGUCAUCAUUACACCAGUGAGUCAUUUUUUAACUUUGUUUUUGAAUCUGUAUGAUACAAUGUUGACAAAAAAGAAUAAAAAAGAUCAAGUAAGAUUUUUGUUUCUGACCAAAAUUGCAAAUAUGAGUAUUGAAAAAUAAUUUUGCUGUAUUUGUAUUG